AUGCGUUUAACUGAACGUGAGUUUGAAAAUUUAAAAAUUAGUCAUGCUGGCACUGUUGCACAAAAACGUCUUGCUCGUGGUAUACGUUUAAAUUAUCCUGAAGCUGUUGCACUUAUAUCAGCACAAUGUCUUGAAUUAAUUCGUGAUGGAAAUCAUAGUUUAGCUGAUAUUCAACAACAAGCAAAAAAAAUGCUUGGAAAAAAUAUGGUACUUAAUGGUAUACCACAAAUGAUAAAAGAAAUAAAUAUUGAAGCAACAUUUCCUGAUGGUGUUAAAGUUGUUAUUAUUCGAAAUCCAAUCUGUACUGAUAUGGGUGAUUUAGAAUUAGCUCUAUAUGGAAGUUUUUUACCAAUACCAUCACUUGAAUUAUUUCAAAAAACAAAUGAUAGUGAAUCAGGAUCUCAUCCAGGUGAAAUAUUUCUUAAAGAUGCUCAACCAAUUAUGAUUAAUGGUGAUCGUGACAGUAUAUUUAUAACUGUAACAAAUGAGAGUACUGAAUUAAUAUCAAUUGGAAGUCAUUUUCAUUUUGUUGAAGCUAAUAGACAUUUAGCAUUUGAUCGUACACUUGCUUAUGGAAUGCGUUUAAAUAUUCCUGCUGGUGAUAUUUUAACAUUUAAUCCUGGAGAACAAAAAGAAGCUCCCAUCAUACCAAUUGGUGGACAAAGAAUAAUUCAUGGUGGUAAUGGUCUUUUUGAUGGACCAGUUAAUGAUGAAAAUUUGAAAAAAAAUCAAAAAAAUUUACGAAAAAAUAAUUUUUUACAUGUAGAUGAAAAAAAUAGUUUAGAAAAAGUAAAUCGUCGUUCAACAAAAUAUACUAUUCCACGUGAAUUAUAUCUUGUUCGUUAUGGUCCAACAAUAGGCGACCGAAUUUUACUUGGUGAUACAAAUUUAGUAGUACAAAUAGAAGCUGAUUUAACAACAUAUGGUGAAGAAUGUACAUUUGGUCUUGGAAAAGUUUUAAGAGAAGGUAUGGGUCAAGCAUCAAAUAUACGUAAUGAUAUUGCAUUAGAUACAGUUAUAACUAAUGUUGUUAUUAUUGAUGCUGUUAUUGGAAUAAUUAAAGCAGAUGUUGGAAUUAAAGAUGGGGUUAUUGCGGGUGUUGGAAAAGCUGGAAAUCCUCAAACAAUGUCUGGUGUUACUGCUGGUAUGGUCAUUGGUGUUGGAACUGAAGUAAUUCAAGGUGAAAGUUUAAUAUUAACGGCAGGUGCUAUUGAUGCAUGUGCUUAUUUUACAUCUCCUGAUGUUGUUACCGAAGCAUUAAUGAGUGGUGUAACAACAAUGUUUGGUGGUGGAACAGGUAUGAAUGGUAGUGUAACCAUGUCCACACCUGGUCCAAAUCAUAUUAAAUAUAUGAUACAAUCAACAGAUGAUUAUCCAAUGAAUUUUGGUUUUUAUGGAAAAGGAAAUACAUCUAAAGCGGAAGGUUUAUCAAAAGAACUUGAAGAUCAAAUUGUAGCUGGUGCCAUCGGCUUACGAUUAGAUGAACGUUGGGGUGCAACGCCAUCGGCUAUUGAUACUUGUUUACGUGUUGCUGAAUAUCAUGAUAUUAGUGUUCAUGCUGAUUUGGAUAGUUUACGUGAAGCUUAUAGUGCACCAGAUUCUAUUUCAAUGUUUCGUGACCGUGUUGUAUUAAUUCCAUGUACAGAAACAGCAGCAGCUCGCAAUAAUUUUUUUGAACUACUUCAACAACCUAAUGUAAUUAUUACAUCUUGUAAUAAUAAAGCAGCCGUUUAUCGUCAACCUGGAGAAAAUCAAAAACAAUUUGCUAUUGAAGAUUUUCUUCAUGAUAUUGGAGCAAUUAGUAUUAUUUCAUCCUCAUCACAAUCUGGUGGUCAUGUCGGUCGAAUUGUAUCACGAACAUGGCAAAUAGCUGAUAAAAUGAAAGCUAUUACUGGUUAUCUACCAGAUGAUAUAGAAAAUUCUAAUGAUAAUAAUCGUGUUCGACGAUAUAUAGCUAAAUAUACUAUAAAUCCGGCUUUAACACAUGGUUGUGCACAUGUAAUUGGUUCGAUUGAACAACAUAAAAUGGCUGAUCUUGUUUUAUGGCAACCAAUGUUUUUUGGUGUGAAACCUGAAACGAUUAUAAAAGGUGGCCAAGUAUCAUGGUCACAAGCUGGUAUCGGUGUUUAUGCUGAUGUAAGACCAGAACCAAUUUGUUUAAGAAAAAAAUUUGGUGCCGUUGGUCGAAGUCCAAAUGCAAAUUCAGUAGUUUUUGUUUCAAAAGCAUGUGCUGAAUUAAGUGCAUCAAAUUCUUAUGGAAUAUGUAAACAUGUUGAAGCUGUACAUGAUAUUCGUAUGAUAACACGUUUACAUAUGAUUCGCAAUGAAAAUACACCAAAAAUUGAUGUUGAUUUAUCAACAGGUCAAAUAACACUCGAAAAAGAUGGUGAAAAAAUUAUUAAUGAACCGUUACCACUUGCUGCUCGUUUACCAUUAGCUCAACGUUACUUUAUAUUUUGA